CGAUUCUCUCUCUCUCUCUCUCUCUCUCUCUCUCUCUCCCGAUCAAUCAGCGAUUUUGCAUAUUCUUGCCUGUCUAAACCCUACUCGCGUCCCAGGAACCUCCCCCGGCCAUGGCGAACUGUACGCCGUUGCCGGCGACUCCUGGCUGUGAAGAGCCGAGCCCCAUCAGGCACGUCCUCUGCGUGACGCGGGACGAGGACGUUAAGCGGUUCGAAGAGACCGAGGACUGCUUCAUCCUGGGUUUCGACCCGUUCGAGCGUAUCUCCAGGUUCUCGUCGAUGACGGAGGCUGGCGCGACCGACGAUCGCGGCGAUGGGUCCAAGGACGUCGUCGUCAUUGCUGAGAAAGGACAGGUGGCUUGUAGAGACUUCCCGCACUCGAGGCAUCUUUGUCAGAAAUUUCCCUUUGCAACUACGCCUCAUGAAAGACACUGCGAGCUGUGUUACUGCUAUAUAUGCGAUUCAGCUGCUCCAUGUAAGAGGUGGUUCAAGAGAAACCAUUAUGAUGCCACUGAGCACGACAAUAGGUGGAAGUCAAAGAGGAGGAGAAGAUUGAGGGAAAAGAGAGAAAACAGCAAGUGAAGGGCUCUUCACAUUGUCUGUUUUCUUGCUAGUUCAUGGUGAAACUGGUCGAAAGCAUUGAUGAUCAAUUCGUGCUCUGCACUUGUUGAUCAGCUUAUCAUCUCCCUAUUUUUGCGCUUGGUUUUGGCAACCUCCUGGAGUACAGGACAGCUUUUGGGAUCAGGGAACUUGAUUGUACAGUCAUUUGAUCCAUAACAAAGCGAAAGGUCGAAUUUCGUUAUUUUGUGGGAUCAAAAUCGCUGUUAAAGUUCAUUGUUUGCUUACAAAUUUUUGAAAGUGGACAUGCAUGAGUUUGACUCAUGAAUUUGCUGAGUCGCUUCAGGUAAGCUAAAUGGAGAUUGGGAAAGCUAGUCAUAUGCUGUUAUACUUGGUCCAACGGGCCCAUGCCCGUCCGUGGCCUGUCUAUUUGCCAUGCCUAAAAACUAGAGUGCAAAUAUCCAUAGGGAGAGCUGAGAAACUGUAUGCUUGGAGAAUUUAAUAUCAUUCCGUCAAGAUGGCGUAGUUGA